CUCUUACACAAUGUUGGAAAAGUUGCCAUAGGUAUCGAUGUGAACAUGUAUGGCUACAAUUUUAUCUGGACAGUAUGAAUCAUAGUCCUAAUUACUACCGAAAUUCGAAAACAGAAACGUCAAAAGUGGCAGCUCUUCUAACACUUUAUUGGUCGAGGAAAAGAAGAGGAACUAGCAACACAGUCGAACACGGCAUCAUUCUUGACCCGACUGCGAAAAUGAGCUAAUUUAAAUAAUGAACUGUUGUCCAUAUUAGCAUUUCUGCUUCGUUUGAAGAAUCCAUUUGAUUAGUUGAUUUCCGCUGUUGGUGUAGGAUUUAAGGAAGCAUGACGGAGAACUUGCCGUAUCCAUCGGUUAGACAAAUAUUGUUUGGUCAAUCAUUCAAGCUGGGCUCUUAUGAUAGCCGUAAGGCUGGAAAUGAUUCGCAGAUGAAGUCCCCUGUUUUUCUGAUUCCAGCUCCAAAUGAAAAGGGCUCUUUUUAUAGUUUCAUGGUGGAUUUCCUUAUGGGAGGAGUUUCUGCUGCUGUUUCGAAAUCUGCCGCGGCGCCAAUUGAGCGAGUCAAGCUUUUGAUUCAGAACCAAGACGAGAUGAUCAAAGCCGGUCGGCUAUCGAAACCAUACCGCGGAAUUGUUGAUUGCUUUGGCCGCACUGUUGGAGAGGAAGGUGUCCUUUCACUUUGGAGAGGAAACUCUGCCAAUGUGAUCAGAUAUUUUCCUACCCAGGCUCUGAACUUUGCUUUUAAAGAUUACUUUAAGAGCCUAUUUAACUUCAAGAAGGACAAAGAUGGAUAUUGGGUUUGCUUUGCUGGUAAUUUGGCAUCCGGGGGUUUGGCCGGUGCCUCGUCUUCACUAUUUGUGUACCACAUCGAUUAUGCCAGAACCCGGCUGGCUGCCGAUGCUAAGGCCACUACCAAGGGCGGCGAGCGGCAGUUUAACGGUAUGGUUGAUGUUUAUAAGAAAACCUUCCAAAGUGAUGGUAUCGCCGGACUUUAUCGUGGUUUCAACGUCUCUUUAGUCGGUAUCACCAUUUACCGUGGUCUUUAUUUCGGCCUCUACGAUUCUCUAAAACCUGUCAUCCUCGUUGGUGAUUUGCAGGCAAGUAUGAAUUCAUAUAUGUAUAUAUUUCCCCUUCCGUCCCAAAAUUAUUAUCUAGUAUGAAUUUUUAUUUUUAGUACAAUUAAUUUUGGGACGGAGGGAAAAACUACAUGUAUGCCAUGGCUAGACAUUUUGAGAUUGGUGAACAUGCUUGAUCGGAUAUAUUUUUCUUUUUUUUUGUGUGUGUUUGAAGUCAAAUUUGAUGCAUCUUCAUUGUAUAUGGAUUGUUUUGUUUAGUGCAUAGUUUUAAAUAUCAUUCUAUUGGAAGUAUGAAAAAAGAUACAGUGAGAUGUAACAUUUUAUUAUUAAAAAAUUCUAAAAAGACCUAGUAAAAAAGAACCAAACACAGCAAAAUAAGACUAGCUUGACGACAUUUUCAACUUAAUGGAAAAAGUCGAAACACAAAGUAUAACAUUGAUCAUCAUUGUCCUAACUUUGACUUGGUUAUACAAAUUGAAAUCUUUUUUUUUUUUUUUUGGUCAACAGGAUAGCUUCCUAGGUAGUUUCUUUCUGGGAUGGGGUGUCACCAUUGGUGCUGGAUUGUCUUCCUAUCCAUUUGAUACUGUGCGGAGAAGAAUGAUGAUGAAAUCUGGAGAGGCUACCAAGUACACCAGCUCAUUCAACGCUUUCUCUGAGAUCAUUAAAAAUGAGGGCCCUAAAUCCCUUUUCAAAGGUGCCGGAGCCAACAUCCUCCGAGCCGUUGCCGGCGCCGGUGUAUUAGCCGGUUAUGACAAACUGCAGCUGAUUAUGUUUGGCAAGAAGUAUGGUUCUGGCGGUGGUUCUUAAAAUUAAAGCUUUUUGCAAUCAAGAUGAUGAUGACGAAAUGGAUAUUCAAGGAAAUAGUUCUCAGCAUUCAUAAAAACUGUAAUGGAACUUUUGCUUGUUUCAGGCAGCUUUGAGCGUUCGAGGUUUGACCAAUUUGUUUUGUUUAGUACUGGAAUUUGAAAUGAUUUGAAUAAUAUCGAACCGAGGCAAUGAUAUGCAAUUGAUUUUAAUGGUGAAUGUUGCGGGAUUGUUUUUAGGGAAGGAUUGUUCGACGCACUUGACCAUAAAAAUACUAGUGAAAUGGAGAUUGUUCUUCCUAACCCGUGCCAAAAAAAUAUUCCAUAUUAAGUUUUCAAAUUUAUACUAAAAACAAUACAAAAUUUAAAACUCAAUGUGGACUAUUUUUUGUGGGACGAAGAGAGUAUUACGAAAUUAAAGUUUAAAAACGCUCUAAUGUUGCUUGGGAUAUCGGCAGCAGUAAGGUUUUGGCGGAAAUUGAUAAUGAAAGUGUCAUCACUUUGGUUAUGGGGAGAUUUAUUAAGUCGUGAUUGGGAGGUUGAGCUGAAGCAUGAGCGUCGGGAAGCAAACUUUAUAGCUGAUUAUUUAAUGUCUUUAGGUCCAUGAGGUCUAUAUCGACUACAAAUUCUACCGCUAGAGUCAGACCAUAGCUGAAACCUG